AUGGCCUAUGAAACCAUUGCUGCUUCUGACAACACCGCUCUCCUUGGCGUCAAUAUGGCGAACUUCACUAAGCUCACGGCUGACAACUUUCUUAUGUGGAGUCGUCAAGUCCAUGCUCUGCUUAACGGGUAUGCCCUUUCAGGUUACCUUGAUGGAACUAUUGUUGCACCCCCGUUGACUAUCACUACCAAUGGUGCUGUCACCACCAACCCUGAUUGCACGCACUGGCAGCAGCAAGAUCAGUUGAUCUACAGUGCUUUGUUGGGUCUCAUUUCAGUCUCGGUUCAGCCCAUCCUCUCUGCCACUUCCACUUCGGCUGAGAUCUGGGAGAAAUUUUCCUCGACUUACGCCAAUCCUAGUCGUGGCCAUCUUGCACUCCUUGGUAAGCCUAUGGAUCAUGAUGAUCAGAUUGAAUUCAUUGUUGAUGGCCUCUCUGAAGACUACAAGCAAGUGGUCGAUCAAAUCCAAGCUCGUGACGUUACUCCUUCGAUAACUGAGGUUCAUGAGAAGCUGUUAAAUUAUGAAAUCAAGCUUCUCACCAUGGUGUCUUCCUCAUCCAUCACUCCGAUCUCUGCAAACACUGCUAGCUACCGCCCUUCUGGCAACCACAACUACAACAGCAACAAUAACCAAAACACUCACUCGUGUGGUCAGCCUCGUCACAUUUAUCGUGGCAACUAUCAACAGCACCAACACUCUCACCAACGCUCUGAUCACCCCUCUCAUGGCUAUCAAGGCAAAUGUCGGAUUUGUGGCGUUUUUGGUCACAGCGCAAGUCGUUGUUCACAGCUUGCUCAAUAUUCUUCCUCCCAGCCUCGGGCAAACCUUGCUACUACACCUACUUCAGACCCUUGGUUACUCGACUCUGGUGCUACUCAUCACAUUGCAUCUGAUCUUGCAAACUUGUCAUUGCAGCAGCCCUACAAUGGUGGUGAAGCUGUCGUAAUUGGCAACGGCUCUGGGUUACCAAUCACCCACACUGGUUCUACAUUUUUACCCUCUCUUACACGUCUUUUGUAUCUCAACAAUGUUCUCUAUGUGAGGGAUCUCAGAAUGGGGGUCCCGUUACUCCGAGACAGCACCAGGAAUGAGCUUUAUGAGUGGCCUAUCUCCUUGCCAUUUGCUUCUACUUUCUUUGGGCAACCACUGAUGUCAAAACCACCACAGCAGAUUGGCAUGCUAGACUAG